UGUAAAUGCUUUGAAUCUGAAGAGGUUGAUAAGAUUUCAGAAAUAUUGAAUAAUAAAAAUAACAACAAAAUUUGAUAUUUAAAAAGGUGGGUGUCGCUAAAUUCUAUUAAUUACAAAUUGCAAAUUGUAGCAUUAAGAAAAUGCUUUCCCCUUCUCUGCGAUUGGUGGCAUCUUUAAUAUCAAAACAAAUCAUAGCGAAGUUAUUUGGUUCUUUAAAGUUCGAAAUAUUUUCAAGGAAUAGCCUAUGAAAAGUUGAUUAUCUGGGAAUAAAAAUAAGGAUAUUUGUUUCUUAUUUCAUUAUUAUUUAUUUCCUUAUUUGUGAACUUAUUUUUUAAAUUGGCCAAUAUGACUACUAUUAGACCAUUCACUUGUGAAGAUUUAUUUCGUUAUAAUAAUGUAAAUUUGGAUCCUUUGACAGAGACAUAUGGCCUAUCAUUUUAUCUUCAGUAUUUAGCUCAUUGGCCUGAAUACUUCCAAGUUGCUGAAGCUCCAAAUGGAGACAUAAUGGGUUACAUAAUGGGAAAAGCUGAAGGUCAUAGCGAAAAUUGGCAUGGACAUGUGACAGCAUUAACAGUUGCACCUGAAUACAGACGUUUGGGUCUAGCUGCUACUUUGAUGGCAGGGUUAGAAGAUAUAUCUGAGAAAAAAAAGGCAUAUUUUGUGGAUCUGUUUGUUCGUGUUUCCAAUAAAGUUGCUGUGGAUAUGUAUAAGCGAUUAGGAUAUAGUGUAUAUAGGCGAGUGCUUGAAUAUUAUUCAGGAGAUCCAGAUGAAGAUGCUUUUGAUAUGAGAAAAGCUUUAUCAAGAGAUGUAAAUAAAAAGUCCGUUAUACCUCUGACACAUCCUGUACGGCCUGAAGAUAUAGAAUAGAGAUAUCAAAAAGAAAAAAAUUUAGCUAUUUCAUAUGAGAACCGUUUUGGGUGAACUUAGAAUAUAGAUUUUUUUAAUCAGAACUUUUGUAUUUUCAACCUUUUUAUACUACAUAAUCACUGCAUGUAUGCAUGCAUGUAUUAAUAUCUUUUCAUUGCAA